AUGACGUCAUACGAAAGUCGCAAAACGGUUCACCAUAUAAUAUGUCUGACACCAGUUAUCCGGUGUACCGAUGGCGAUGGUGGUGCAGGCGGUGGCGACGGUGGUGGUGGUGGUGGUGGUGGUGGCCAACGCGGUCGUAUGCGUAUACCAGAUAAAUGUGUUGGCUUAAGGGACUUGAAAAUCCACGUCCCAGUGGCAGUACGAUCUGGAUCCAUACUGCGAAUGAACUGUACAUACGAUUUGGAAAAUACAGCACUGUAUUCAAUAAAAUGGUAUCUGAGGGAUCAAGAAUUCUAUCGAUACGUGCCAAAAGAAUCGCCUCCCACCCGUGUUUUUCCAAUGCCUGGAAUUAUAGUUAAUGUACAAGAAUCUGACGAGAACAAAGUAACCAUUGUGAACGUCCAAAGGGAAUUGACGGGAUAUUAUAAAUGCGAAGUCUCAGCGGACGCACCGCUAUUCCACACCGGUAUUAAGACCAAACUCACAUAUGUCACUAAUGAACCAUCGUCCCCUCCGACGUUGCAGUCAAACAGAAUGAAGUACUCAGCGGGUGAUCUAAUUAACGUCAGUUGUAUUGCAGGCGAAAGCUAUCCAGCUGUCAACAUUAGUUGGUUCUUAAAUAAUCAAACGGCCGAAACCAUGAAAUCGGUACAUAUCAAUACCGUUUUCGAACAUAAGGACAAGGUUACUGAAAUGGUUUCCAUGAGAUCUUAUCUAAUCACUAGAGCUAGUACGUUGUUAUUUCCGACUGGCCGCAUUAAAGUAAUGUGUGAAAUUUAUCAAUUCGACUUAUACAAAUCGUCGUCUGAAAUAGAACUGGUUGACAACGCACCACCAAAAUCGGCACAAGUCAUCGCUCCGAGUCUGUCACCACAUUCUACAGGUAAAGCUCCAAGAUUACAGAAUUGGGCAUCAAUUACGUUCAUCAUGUUAUUUAUCGCCAACACCAAACUACUGUAA